UUGCUUUCAAUUUAAUUUUCCGCUUCCUGCAUACAGCAUACUCACUUGCCAUUUCUCCAUACAAUUAAUACUUUUCUUGCUCACAAUUUACACUCUUCUUCUACCCCCCCUAUACAACAUCACUUCAAUGAAAUUCAAUUCAAUUCAAUUCAAUUUCAUCACACAACAUACACUCUCUCUCUCUCUCUCUCUUUCUUUCUCUCUCACAAUUAAAUUAAGCUUUAUUAAAUCACCCCCCCUCUCUUCAUUAUAUAAACAUGGCCUUCCUUCAAGGUCCAAACCCUCCAAUACAAACAUAAAACAUCACUUUCUUUCUUAUAUCUUCCACUUCUCCCUCAAAUUCUUAAGGUACAUACACAUACACAUACAGAUAUUUUAUUUCCCUUUUCAAUUUUCACUUUUUUGUUUCAUGUAUUUCUUUUGUCACAUAAUUUGAUUUGAAGUAUAUGAAUUUACACUUAAGUCCUUUGCUCUCUUGUUAAAAACAGGUGAAAGAGGAAAAGCAAUAAGUAACAAAACCAUGAGUCAGAGGAAUGGAAGGUUUCCAAAGCUUGACUUGAAGCUGAACCUAUCACCACCAAGGGUUGACCGGAGGAGGGUGGUGGAGGAGGAGGAGGAGUUAUCGCCGGCUCGAUCGGCAACGGUGUCGCCGCCGAGCUCGUGCGUGUCAACUGAGCUGAAUAACCAAGAUGACAACGACAGUGUGAAGUGGUCGGACAGCCCUGAAGCUACGUUCAUGGUGGUUGUUGGUUGCCAACGUUGUCUCAUGUAUGUGAUGCUCUCUGUUGAUGAUCCUAAGUGUCCCAAAUGCAAGAGCACCGUUUUGCUUGAUGUUCUUCAAGACAACAACAUUGACAACAACAACACAAGGAGGAACAAGAACUAGACUAGUAUUUUAUUUUUCUACCUUCUUUUGAGUACUUCUUUUGCGGCAGAAAAAUCUUUCUGUGACUCUUUUAUUUUCCUUUUACUUGUUACCUUUCACUCUGUCACUAUUUCUAGUGACAGAGUGAUAAGUACUCAAAAUAUAACAAGUCUAAGAAAGAUGAAUCGUCUUAUUACUUAUUUUUUCUGCUGCUAGAAAUACUUGUUAUUAGGAUUUUAGUUCUAGUAACCUCUCCUUUACAACUCUAUCAUCUUUUUUUUUAAACCUAUCUUCUUAUGUUAUUGCUCUUUUCUCUUGUAGGAUGAGUAUAGUGCUACUUGCGCUCCAUUUUCUUUUAACGGUUUUUCCCUCUUCUUAGAAGUGAGGGCAUCACAAUUCUUUUUUUUUUCCCCUAAGAGUGGAGCGUAAAUAGCACUAUUCUAGUUAUAUAAUUAAUAUGUAAUAUUGGAAGAAAAAAAAAUUGAGUAUCUUUCUGAGACUGGAUUCAGAAUUUCUGCA